CGCGACAGGGGGCUCUCAGUCCUAAAAGUUUGAAAAUGCCUCGUUAUGAUGAUCGAUACAGUAAUACCCGUCUUUAUGUUGGUCGCUUGUCUACAAGGACACGUUCCCGUGAUUUGGAGGGCCUCUUCAGCAGAUAUGGGAGGUUUCUGGGCUUUUGCCUAACCUGGAGGUCAAUGGUGAGAGGGUGGCCUUGGUGGAGUUUGAUGCCGAGUGUCUAGGAGACUCUGGCGAUUGUUUCUGUAAUGUUAUUGCAUGUUUUUAUGGAAUUGCCAACAAUCUCAAACUGGUGUUUAGUUCGUCUUGAGGGGCGAAGUAUCAUACACUUCAGUACUUAAGUAAUGAUGGCUUACUGUUUCUGGCAACCAUUUCCGCAGAGUACGAGAUGUGGAUAUGAAGCACGACUAUGCCUUUGUUGAAUUUAGUGACCCCCGAGAUGCUGAUGAUGCAAGAUAUGGCUUAAAUGGAAGAGAAUUUGAUGGAAGUCGAAUCAUUGUUGAAUUUGCAAAGGGAACGCCACGCGGUUCAAGAGAAUAUCUGGGUAGAGGUCCUCCUCCUGGAUCUGGAAGGUGCUUCAAUUGCGGCCUUGAUGGUCAUUGGGCUCGAGAUUGCAAAGCUGGAGACUGGAAGAACAAAUGUUAUCGUUGUGGUGAAAGAGGUCAUAUAGAGAGAAAUUGCCAGAAUAGUCCCAAGAAGCUCAAACGGGGGCGGAGUUAUUCCCGAUCACCAGUGAGAUCACGCUCUCCGCGCCGUGGCAGAAGCCGAAGCUACAGUCGAAGCCGUAGCUACAGCCGGUCAAGAUCUCCUCCAAGAAGAGAGCGAAUUGUUGAGCGUGAAGAGAAGCAAGCCAGGAGCUACAGUAGAAGUCCCGUGCCAACGAGGGCUACUACACCUCCCCCCAAAACAAGGAAGCACAGCCCAACACCUGAGGAGGAGGAGGACAUUGUCAGAGAGAGGGAUAAUAGCCCUUCUCCUAAGAGAGGGAGACCGGAAACUGAGCAGGACAGGUCAGAUUACAGUGAGAGCCCCAGAGAAAAUAGCAGAAGCCCUGUAAGGGAAAGCCCUGCUGCGGAGAGGUAUCAGAGUCCUUCUGAUGCUAAUGGCCGCAGCCCUACCGCUAGUCCUCGCGAUGACAGAAGCCCUGUUGAUGACGAUGAUAAUCAUCAAUCCCCAAGUGGGAGUGAGACGCCUUAAUUUGCCAAAAAAAAAAAAGAGAAAUGGUGUUGGAAGGAAAAUAGGUAUCUUGCCCUCUUUUUUCUAUUUACAUUGCAGUAGGACAAAAUAGAUCUUGGGGAACUAUGACUAAAACUAAUACAUUUGAAGGCGUUUGUGCCUUUAAAUUAUUGAGUAAUGGUUUUUAAAUAUUACUUCAUGCUUCUGUUCUCUAUCA